AUGCCGUCAUGUGGUAACUUCAUCCUGCACGAGGCAACUAUUGACCAAAUGAAAGCGGCCAUGGAGGCUGGCACGGUAACCUCUCAGCAGCUGGUAGCGUGCUACCUGCAGCGGACGUACCAGACACAGGAAUAUGUGCAUUCAAUUCUUCAAAUCAACCCAGACGUCUUCCAAAUUGCAGCUCAGAUGGACGCCGAAAGAAAGGCCGGAAAGGUCCGUGGUCCGCUCCACGGAAUCCCCUUCACAGUCAAAGACAACAUCGCAACUAAGGACAACAUGGAAACAACAGCCGGCAGCUGGGCUCUAAUGGGGAGUAUCGUCCCACGAGACGCCCACGUGGUGGCCCGUCUGCGCGACGCCGGCGCGGUUCUGCUUGGCAAAGCGGCGCUCAGCGAGUGGGCUGAUAUGCGCAGCAAUAACUACUCCGAAGGUUAUUCUGCGCGCGGAGGGCAGUGUCGGAGCCCGUAUAACCUGACUCUCACGCCUGGGGGCAGCAGCACGGGGAGUGCGGUGGGCGUUGCUGCGAAUGCGAUUACGUUCUCGCUUGGCACCGAGACGGACGGGAGCGUGAUCAAUCCUGCUAUGCGGAACUGUGUUGUUGGGUUUAAGCCGACUGUGGGCCUGACCUCGAGAGCUGGGGUUGUACCGGAAAGUGAGCACCAGGAUACCGUCGGAACGUUUGGACGUACUGUGAGAGAUGCGGUAUAUGCUUUUGAUUCCAUAUUUGGCGUAGACCACCGCGAUAAUUACACGCUCGCCCAAGAAGGGAGAACCCCCGAAAACGGAUACACCCAGUUCCUGUCUACGAAAGAGAGCUUGAAGAGCGCCACAUUUGGCAUACCGUGGAACAGCUUCUGGGUCUACGCCGAUGACGAGCAAAGAGGCAUCCUCGUAGCCAUGCUUGAUCUGUUGACCUCCGCCGGAGCGACGAUAAUCAACAACACGGAAAUCACCGACUACGAGCGAAUUGUGAGCCCAGACGGGUGGAACUGGGACUACGGAACCACGCGGGGCUACGCAAACGAGUCUGAGUAUACUGUUGUCAAGGUGGACUUCUACAACAACAUCAACACCUACCUCUCUGAGCUUGAGAACACCAACAUCCGCUCCAUUGAAGACAUCGUCCAGUUCAAUUACGAUAACGACGGGACGGAGGGCGGAAACCCCUGGCCACUGGGCCAUCCCGCAUUCUACUCUGGUCAAGAUGGCUUCCUUGCGUCCCUCGCGUCGAAAGGCAUCAAAGAUGAGACCUACAAUCAAGCAUUAGAGUUCACGCAACGAUCCACGAGAAACGGCAUCGACGCGGCCCUCACUUCCACUAACGGAACGAAAUUGUCAGGGCUUCUCGUUCCUCCCGACGUAGGCCAGUCGUACCAAAUCGCUGCACAGGCGGGGUACCCCAUGAUCACCCUCCCGGUCGGCGUGCACUCCAACAGCGGCAUGGGCUUCGGGCUGGCAAUUAUGCAGACGGCGUUUGGUGAAGCUGAGCUGGUCAAAUGGGGAAGCGCGAUUGAGGACCUGCAGCUCACGACUGAGGGAAACCCGUACAAGCGCACGCUGCCUACUUGGUCGGAGUAUCUCACUAGACAUGUCCCGAUUAGGAUGGAUCUUUGA